AUGACACUUCCAAGCGAAGGAGUUCCUAAAGAUGAUAUGGAAGAAGGAUCUGGAGAUAAUGAUGAAAUUUUGGGGGCACCAACUGGCAUAAGCGGGGAGUUUAAUUUAGUCACAUUCAAUGACAAUAGUGGAGGAAGUAGAGGCAACACUGGAAUGAGACAGGAAACCAUUCGUGGGGGUAGAAGCACAGGUGGCAGUCGACCUAGUAGCUCAUUAGGGGUUAGAAAAAGGCGUGAACAUGAAGAGAUUUCAGAAGCACGUGCUAGGAAGUUAGAAGAAGAAGCACGUGCUUAUGAGACGUCAAUUGCGGGAGUCAUGGAGCACCUUAAUGAAGUUGAUGAAAUUGUUGAUGAUCCUGAUCUGUUUGGCCGGUGCACAACACUCCUUAUGGACAAGCCAGCUGCAAGGGAGAUGUAUGUGGCUCUGAAGAACAAGAGGGAAAAACUACUGAUCUUCUUGAAGCAUGCAACUAAGGAUUGA